AGUUAUACUUUAUACAAUAAGCAAUAAUAUAUAAAUAAAUUAAAUCAAACAUUUUCAGCCUUGUUUAUUGUGUAUGCUUAUUCUGACAAAGUAUCAAUUAUGACUAGAAUUACGUGUUAUUUAAAGUGCUAUUAUUUCGGAUUUUAUUUUCGGAUAAACUAGUCAAGAACCAAUAAUCUAAGGAAAUUAGUCAAUAUAUGUAUCUGAUAUUGCUUAUUCAUAUCAACAUACAAUUAACUACAACUGAAUCAAGGCGUGGCUUAUGAAAAAUGAAAGCAAUAUCGGCUGGGAUUGCUAAGCAAUGGGAAAAAGUGUACAAACAUGUUGCAAAGGCAGUGGUAUUCAUUGACAAUACUGCAGGAGAGUUGCUACAUUGGCAAGGUGGGUUACCUCGACUCUUGAAUGCUGGAGCAACUGAUGUCAAGGAAUUCUCUUCCUUUGAGAGUGGAGCCGAAGACCAGAAGAAAGGUGUAUUCGUUGUGAGCGGCCUCCUGGUCGGAGUGGCCAAGGAGAUUAUUCGUGACAUACUGCAGGCCAGCCAUUUUCAGUAUGUAGUUGUAAUUACAUGCCAGAGUUCUGCCGUGCACUCAUUCAGCCUACAGGAUGUCACAGAGGAGAGCGAGCAGUUCUUUACUCAGGUGGAAGACAGGCUGCUGGAAUGGAUGGGCAACAUGAACUACACAGCUGAGGUGUUCCAUGUUCCAUUGUCUGCGGUCAAUGUGGGUAACUCCAUAUUCCUCAUGCCAGGCCAUGCCAAGUUGUUUCCCUUGGUCGGCUCAGAUCUUUCCCAGGUGGAGCUCUUGUACAACAACAGACAUGCGAAGCCAGAACAUAAAGACUUUGAGUCGCUGAAGAGUAUAGAUAUCUCCUGCCUACCUAAAGAUCUGCAAGUUUCCUAUAAGAGCCUGGUGUGCAGUCUGAACGGCCUACUGACAGAGCUGGGAGUGCGUGAGGACAUCUACAGCCUGGGACUUACCAGCAGCAUCCUGGCCACAGAACUGGAGGCCUAUCCAGCAGCCAGGCAGCGCAGAAAGACUGUCCAAGAGCGUGUCUCGCUCGUUCUUGUUGACCGCACACUUGACCUGGCCUCUGUGACCUCACACAACACGGACAGCCUCCUCGACCGGAUACAGCAGCUGUUACCACGGUUACCAGGUCAUGUGACAGAUGUCAAGGUCAACAUGACCCCUCUCUGCAAUGCUGACAGCGAAACAGCUGUGGACAUCAUAGCGCCUGGUUGCCUAGCAGCCCAAUCCGGUUCCCAGGAGCACCUGCAGACUGUGCUUGCUGGGAAACAGAAGGAGGCACUGAUGGAGGUGAACAGACAACUCGUGGAGGCUGCUGUCAAGAAUGGUCUCCCUUUAUCCCUAACUGGCAAACCAACCAGAGUCAGCGCUGAGCAGCUGAAUUCCACAUUGAAACUGUUUAGGGGGCAGUACGACAAAAUCAGCCGGCAUCUGGAUUGGUUGCAAGUUGCCAUGGCAACAUCGCACAGUCUCAGUAGUCAUAGUAACCGACAUGUUGAUGAGCUGAUCAGUGUGGAGAAAGGCUUGCUGCAGUGCCUGGAUGAUCUAAGUGGCACAGAAGCUUUCACCUAUCUUCUGAAGAUGGUUAGCAAAAAGGAGGCUGAUAAAUGGGUGUACAGCCUUGAUGACAUUCUCUGUAUGCUGGUCUACAUCUACUCCUUGUUGGGUGCAGCUGCUCUAGAACAGGAGGACCUUGAAGAACAGAUACAGGAAGCUUUGUUGGACAGAAUACUAGCUGAGAAAGACUUGCCUUCUCUGACACAAGCGAUUGUUGGUAGUGCAGGCUCAUUGAGUGAUCGAUCCAUCCUCACUGAUAUAGUGGACAACAUUUGGGAGAAACUGGUGGCCAUUGCAGACAGCCGAAGUCAUCUGCAACUAUUCAGGACUAUUCUUGAUCCCGGUUCUGCUGUCAGUCCCGCUACCCAUAAUCCUCUACUGCGGCAGCUGGUAGCAGCCAUCUUGGAACCCAGCAAACCAGACCUUGUUGAUGUGGAAAACAAGUCAUCUGGACUGAAGGACAUCCUAAAGUCAGGCUUUGGAUUGUUUCGUGGCGUGAGCAAGUCGAGGCCAAGUGAUCACCCCUUGUUGAUACUCUUUGUUGUUGGAGGUGUAAAUUGUACAGAGGUGAAGCAGAUCAGAGACCUUGUCAACCAAAUGAAACCUGCCAUACAGGUUGUGGUAGGAAGCACAAGACUGGUCACUCCUGCUGAAGUGGUUCAAUCAAUUCUCUGCAAGAAUAAUGUCACUAUUGAAAACCAGUCCUAAAACAGUGGAAUGUAGCCAAUCUUGAAAUAGUAAAACAUUGACAUGGUGGAAAGUAACCAGUUUUGACAUGUUGGAUUGUAACCAGCAUUUUGAUGAUGUAAUGUUACUAUCAUUUACAUUGUCACCAACAUUGACUUGGUGGAAUGAAACCUAUAUUGACAUGGUGGGAAUUAACCAUUUUAGAAAUGGUGGAAUGUAGCCAGCAUGGGCAUUACAAAAAUUAACAAUGAAUGAAUAUAUUUGUAUUGACAUGGUGGAAUGUAUGAAUUUGUAUUGAUAUGGGGACGUUGAAAUGAUUGUAUACUGGUACUUGAUGCUAUUUUAUAGAGACCAACUUUGUGUUGAGUUAUUCAUAACUUUUUCAAGUCUUUAUUCUCAAUAAGUGAGCGCAUUUACAUGAUAAAUUGUAUAAUUUUUAAUACAUGUUUUGUGUUGUUAAUAAUAUAUGGUAUACAAAGGGUGUUCUGAAAUUCACUUCACAUCCCAAUUUAUUGAUAUAUAUUGUGCUCAAUUUAAUACAAUGUUAUUGAUAAAUACUGCGUUAUUCUUAGCGAGGCUGUUUUCGGAGAAAACCCGAGCUAUUGUCAUAGCCAGCUCGUCCGCUGUCCGCCGUAGGCGUCGUGCUAAAACCUUAACAUUGGCUCUAAAAUCAAAGUGCUUCCACCUACAACUUUGAAACUUCAUAUGUAGAUGCACCUUGAUGAGUUCUACAUGCCACACCCAUUUUUGGGUCACUAGGUCAAAGGUAAAGGUCACUGUGACCUCUAAUGUCAAACUUUAACAUAGGCUCUAAAAUCAAAGUGAUUCCACCUACAACUUUGAAACCUCAUAUGUAGUUGCACCUUGAUGAGUUCUACAUGCAACACCCAUUUUUGGGUCACUAGGUCAAAGGUCAAGAUCACUGUGACCUCUAAUAUAAAACUUUAACAAAAACCUUAUCAUUGCCUCUAAAAUCAAAGUGCUUCCACCUACAACUUUGAAACUUCAUAUGUAGAUGCACCUUGAUGAGUUCUACACGCCACACCCAUUUUGGGUGUCACUAGGUCACAGGUCAAGGUCACUGUGACCUCUUAAAAAAAAAAAAAAAAAUCUGACAAGCUUUCGCAGCCAAGCGUGGCACCCGUUAUGCGGUGCUCUUGUUUAUUUAAAUAAUGAAAUUGAUCAUGUUGGUUUAAAUGGAGAUGUUGAUGUUAAUUUAUUAAAUUGUACAUAAAUGAGUCACAUUGCAAUGGAAAAUAUUUAUGUUGGUAAUAAAUGAAUAAAGUGCC